AUGGCCUCCGCGUUGUUCUUCCUCGACUUGAAGGGUAAGACCCUGCUGGCACGGAAUUACCGAGGAGACAUACCUAUGAGCGCGGUCGAGAAGUUCCCCAUCCUACUCAGCGAAGCAGAAGAAGAAUCAUCCUCCGUUCCACCAUGUUUCUCCGACGAAGGCAUCAACUACCUAUACAUUCGACACAACAACUUAUACCUUCUGGCUCUGACGAAACGGAAUAGCAAUGCUGCGGAGAUCUUGCUUUUCCUGCACAGGGUGGUGGAAGUGUUCACAGAGUACUUCAAGGAGCUGGAGGAGGAGAGUAUCAGGGACAACUUCGUAGUGAUCUACGAGUUACUGGAUGAGAUGAUGGACUUUGGGUACCCGCAAACGACAGAGACGAAGAUCUUGCAGGAAUACAUCACGCAGGAAUCACAUAAGCUGGAAGUCCAGGCACGGCCUCCGAUUGCUGUCACCAAUGCCGUAUCAUGGCGGUCAGAAGGGAUACGAUACAGGAAGAACGAGGUGUUCCUUGAUGUGGUCGAAUCGCUCAACCUCCUGGUGUCGUCCACUGGCAAUGUGUUGCGGUCAGAGAUUCUUGGCGCCAUCAAGAUGAAAUGUUACCUUUCUGGUAUGCCAGAGCUGAGGUUAGGACUGAACGACAAAGCAAUGUUCGAGACUACGGGUAGAGCAACAAGAGGCAAGGCGGUGGAGAUGGAGGAUGUCAAAUUCCAUCAGUGCGUGCGACUGUCACGAUUCGAGAACGACCGGACCAUUUCUUUUAUCCCUCCUGACGGCGAAUUCGAGCUCAUGUCCUACCGCUUGAAUACGCAAGUCAAGCCUCUCAUCUGGGUCGAGUGCAUUGUGGAGUCACAUAGCGGAAGCAGAGUCGAGUAUAUGCUCAAGGCCAAAUCGCAAUUCAAGCGGAGGUCAACCGCGAACAACGUGGAGAUCAACAUUCCUGUCCCUGACGAUGCGGAUACCCCACGAUUCAGAACGAACAUCGGUAGCGUGCAUUACGCGCCAGAGACCAGCAGCAUCGUCUGGAAGAUCAAGCAAUUCGGUGGCAACAAAGAGUUCCUGAUGCGAGCGGAACUGGGUUUGCCGAGUGUGAGAGGAGACGAGGAGAGGGGUGGUGGUAUGAUGGGCGGCUUCGGUGGCUCGAUGGGCGGUGUUGGCGGUUCUGGCAAAGCGAAACGACCCAUUGGCGUCAAGUUCGAGAUCCCGUACUUCACAACUUCAGGUAUUCAGGUGCGGUAUCUGAAGAUCAUAGAGCCCAAGCUGCAAUAUUCAUCACUACCAUGGGUGCGGUACAUCACACAGAGCGGCGAUAUUGCUGUACGAUUGCCGGAUAUUCAGGGCUUGACGGGCUAG